AUGAGUGUUGGAUUUAUCGGAGCAGGCCAGCUCACUUACGCCCUUGUGAGGGGCUUUACUGCUGCAGGGGUGUUGGCAUCACACAAAAUCACGGCAAGCUCCCCUGACACUGAUCUGCCUACUGUAUCUAGACUAAGGAAAUUGGGUAUAAAUUUCACCACCAGUAACAAAGAGACUGUGAAGAACAGUGAUGUCCUUUUUUUGGCUGUAAAACCUCCCAUCAUUCCCUUUGUGCUGGAUGAGAUUGGCACUGACAUUGAGGACCGUCACAUGGUGGUGUCCUGUGCUGCCGGUGUCACUAUCGGCUCAAUAGAGAAGAAACUGAGCGCCUUUCACCCAGCUCCCAGAGUUAUCCGCUGCAUGACCAAUACCCCUGUAAUCGUACGUGAAGGGGCCACAGUAUAUGCCGCAGGGACCCACGCGGAACUGGAAGAUGGGAAGCUUCUGGAGCAGCUGAUGCAGAGUGUGGGGUUUUGCACAGAGGUGGAGGAGGAUCUCAUUGAUGCUGUGACCGGAUUGAGUGGAAGUGGACCUGCUUAUGCAUUCACAGCUCUGGAUGCUCUGGCAGAUGGAGGAGUGAAGAUGGGUCUGCCUAGAAGGCUUGCAGUUCGUCUCGGGGCUCAGGCCAUGCUGGGGGCAGCAAAAAUGCUGCUGGAAUCAGAACAGCAUCCUGGGCAGUUGAAGGAUAACGUUUGCUCCCCAGGGGGCGCCACCAUUCACGCUCUGCACUUUUUGGAAAGUGGAGGAUUCCGGUCCCUGCUCAUCAAUGCUGUGGAAGCAUCCUGCAUCCGGACCAAAGAGCUCCAGCUUUAUGCAGACCAAGAGAAGAUCCCAGCAGCCGCCAUCAAGAAAACGACGCUCAGUAAAGUGCAGCAAGAAUCUCCAACGAUUUCCACCGCUUCCCACGGGGUGAAAGUCAGUCUGUUCAACAACAAGUCUCCAGGAGCAAGAAAAUACUGA